UUUUUUUUUCUCCUGCAACGAAUAGAAAGAGAUUUCUUCUGCAUUAUUGUUAUUAUCGGAGCCCGUUGCAAUAUGAGCCAGCACAAGCCUCUGUUGACAGACGCCUGGGCUCUGAGGUGUGCGUGUCAGCGUGCAACAUAAAACGACAAAACAGAGGGAGAGAAAGGAAAGGGAGAGUGAGAGUGAGAGCACGCAUCGCUGGAUAUUAUAGGUUUUGCUAGCUCUCAUGGUGUAACACACAGCCCAGUCAGUAAGCAACAGGAACCAGUUCAGCCCCUGCAAUGGCUUGUGUUGUAAAAUGGAUGUUUUAAAGAAGAAAUAAUGAAAACACGGACGCACAAAGAAUCGAUGCCCAUGCGCAGUGGGCGACGACGGGGGGCGAGUGAGGAGAGAAGGGGCAGACGCCCGCACACCAGCCCCACUCGCCCUGAACGCAACGAUAGACAGACGCAAAGAGGUGCUGGUGAGGAAUUGGCUGGAAAUCGCUUCAGUCGCAGAUCACAAGGGCAUGAUUCAUCAGAGAGUGAGGGGGAGGAACUUGUGUCUCCUCCAAAGAGGCAGAAAGUUCAGGAUUCGGUCUCUACCCCAAACCCUCCAACAUCAACACACUCGACUGACAGCUCGGCUCCCUCUACUGUCCCACCUCCAACCUCAGUUGCCAGCCAAUCCCGUGAGAGUGACAACGAAGACGGCCAAUCCCAGGGCAGUAGGAGUUCAGUUGUAGGGAGCUUGGCCAAUAGCAGCAGUAGUCUGAGCAGUGGGCGGGAUAUAGACCAGGACAAUCGUUCCUCAUCCCCAAGUCUCUCCGCUUCCCCUUUGGGUAGCCUGGACUCUGAUUCCGAUGGCCCCGAUUCACCAAAGCAAGGAGAGAGGGAACGGGAGAAAGGCAAGGAGGGAGGAGUGGGGAAGGUGUCAGCAGACGAUAGGAGAGCGCUACGAGAGGGGAGAGGGGAGGAGUCCUGUGGAGAUGGAGAAAAGCGGGAAUUGGAUGCACGAAUUGAAGACUGUCCGUCUCUUAAGCCCCCCUCCACUCCAUGCUCUUCCUCGGGUCUGACUCCCUCUCUCCGUGGAGCAGGGGAUUCAUCAAACGACAGCAAUAGUGGGAGGAAAUCCUAUUUCUCGUAA